UCAAUUUAGACCGAUCUAGACGAUCUAGACCAUCUAGACAGCAUCACGUCAUGUCACAUUUGUGUACAGGUUUUCCUAUCUUAGUGUUAUAAGAUUACUUAGGAUAGGGAACAGGUCAGACAAGGAAAACGUCUUCAGAUUGAAAACAGAAGCAAACUUUGAAGUGACAGUGAAGACAUGGUGCUUUUGAAUGUAACUGGGUCCAACAGAACUAUAUAUUGGUCCUCAAAUUGAAGUAGUUUGAACGAGUCUCAGUAUUUCGACUUUUUAAAUACAAAGGAAUUUGUAACAGCUGCUUUGUACAUGUGUCUGUGUACUUCUUUGUACUUUGUACUUCCUUGCCCAGCAUCUCGUAGUAAUAAUGAAUAAUGUAGAGCGAUGUAGAGGUCCGUGAUAAUAGGGGAGUGGGAGCGUAGGUAAUGCGAAGAAUGUGUAUUCUUGUGCGGAAGAGAGACGAUGCCCCAAAAUUAUAGUUAAUAUAAUUGGGUGUCAAGAAUUGCAUUACCGGGCAAGCUGUUCGAAGCGGUGGAAUACUUGUGACUUGUGUUUGGAGGUGUCUGGUUCAUGUUGGAUAACGUUUUUUUUUCUCAUGGUUACCCCCAGUCUCUCAAAACAAAAGUGGGAAUAGUGGUUUCAGUGAGGCUACGACCGCUUUCUUCCACUAACCUGCCAUAGUAAAUGGGAACUGCUUAUCGCCUCCAGAGAACUGGAACCAAAUAGGUUAUUUCUACAGUAUUUCAUUAAUUUUGAGCAUGACUGUCAGAUACAAGAAGAAUAUAAGAAGUUUUUGAGUCAUUCACAGCAUUGAUUGUUCACUUUGUGAUCUUCUAGGUUAUGACACCUUGUAAACUUGUAGAUUGAUACUGACGUUUUGGAGGGACAUGCAGCUAAGAGGAAAAUAUAUGAAUGUGCAAAAUAUAACAGCUUUUAUAGUAAGAGAAGUAAUGUAUAUCCAAAAGUGUGAAUUUGAAAUGCAAGUCAUUUUGCUGUCCGGAAGAUGAAAAAUGGGACUUAGAGUUGCUUACUUGACCAAAUUUCUUCUUGUUGUGCUAGGACUUGUCUUUUAUUGUGAAUUCCUCAUUUACUAUAUUGUCCUGCUGCAGUGUUGGUGGCCACAGUUAGACCCAAGCAAGGCAGACAACACGGUCAGUUUAAGGCAAGAUGAGCAGUCAGUCCGUGUUCUUCUCUUGGCAGACACACACCUUCUGGGAUCACGCAAGGGCCAUUGGUUUGACAAGCUGAGGAGAGAAUGGCAGAUGUAUCGUACUUUCCAGACAGCCAUGGUUAUACAUAAACCAGAUGUUAUAUUUGUAUUGGGGGAUUUGUUUGAUGAGGGCCUCUGGUGCAGUGAGAAAGAAUUUGCAUACUACGUGAAUCGUUUCAGUGACUUGUUCAGAGUGCCUGAAGGGUCACAGAUGUUUGUUGUGGUUGGAAAUCAUGAUAUUGGUUUCCAUUAUGGGAUUAGCCCUUACCUGCAUGAACGCUUCUCAUCAGCUUUUGAUGCCCAGUCAGUCCAGCUGGUCUCAGUCAAGGGCAACCACUUUGUGCUGGUGAACAGCAUGGCUAUGGAAGGGGAUGGCUGUUUCUUGUGCCGUCCGGCAGAGUUACAGCUGCAGAAAAUCUCAAGAAGGUUGAAGUGUACAAAAGGAGUUGGCCGGUGUGAUAGAGGCAUGGAUCUCACCCAGUACAGUCGCCCUAUUCUGUUACAGCAUUUCCCAAUGUACCGGGAGUCAGAUGCUGAAUGCAGUGAACCUGACCAAGCACCUGAAGAUGAGAAGACACAGAAAUUUCGUGAACGUUGGGAGUGCCUCUCAAAAGAAUCUUCAGAACAGCUGUUGGAUCUCUUGAAACCUCGUCUUAUUGUGACGGGUCACACUCAUCAUGGAUGCCAUAUUACACACAGAGAUGACAUUCAUGAAUGGACCCUCCCAUCAUUCAGCUGGCGGAACAAGGACAAUCCUAGUUUUAUGCUUGCAGUUUUUACUCCAAACAACUAUGCUGUUUCUAAGUGCCCAAUGCCGCGGGAAUCCACAGUAAUCGGCCUGUACAUGUUUGGAGGAGUUCUCAUAUUCUUCUGGAUAACACUCACUUACCGUCGGUUAUGCCGGCGCUCACGAUGGUUCAAGAUCAGCUAGGAAGUUGCCACCUUUAUCAACUUCCACAUUCUUUUGUGUAUAUACUUUAUACAUAAACUAUGAUUGUAGAGGAGA